CGCAGCUUGUUGGCUCGCUAUAUAAAGGGGAGAAGCAGGCGGACCGGACGGCUGGGGCUGCAGCCGGUGGCGGCAGCGGCGGCGCGGGGAGCGGCGGCCGGUGGCCGGUGGUGGUUUCCCUCCUUGGCGCCUAGUGGGGAGCGGGCAACGCCCCCUCCCCCCCACCCCCGGGGACCCUUGAAGGGUUGUGACUUUUUUUUUCUUUUAAGAGGAGAUUCUUGAGGUGUUUUUUUUUUUUUAAGCUCCAGAAGGAGUGCCCCCCCCCUCCCAUUCUCACCGCUUCUCCCCUGUGUACCUUCCGGAUCUAUUUUGUUUAAAAUUUUUGCCCCAAUCUUGCAGUGACCUGGGUCACCCUCCAGGUCUUUUUUUUUUUUUUUUUCGUUUUGUUUUUAAUCUUGUUUUCUCGGGGUUGCCACCCUCUUGUUUGUGUUGUGUGUGGAAAUGGCGAACUCGGCAAAUACAAACACCGUGCCUAAAUUAUAUAGAUCUGUGAUUGAAGAUGUUAUUAAUGAUGUGAGAGACAUCUUUCUGGAUGAUGGAGUGGAUGAACAAGUCCUGAUGGAGCUAAAAACUUUAUGGGAGAAUAAACUAAUGCAGUCUAGGGCUGUAGAUGGAUUUCAUUCAGAAGAGCAGCAACUUUUAUUGCAAGUUCAACAGCAGCAUCAACCCCAGCAGCAGCAGCAUCACCACCAUCACCACCAUCAGCAAGCUCAACCUCAGCAGACUGUACCUCAGCAAGCACAGACCCAGCAGGUCCUUAUUCCAGCAUCACAGCAAGGUACAACACCACAAGUUAUUGUUCCUGAUUCUAAGCUGAUACAACAUAUGAAUGCAUCAAGCAUGAGUGCUGCUGCUACAGCUGCUACCUUAGCACUUCCUGCAGGUGUGACUCCUGUUCAACAGAUACUAACAAAUUCAGGCCAACUUCUUCAGGUGGUCAGAGCAGCCAAUGGUGCCCAGUAUAUCUUUCAGCCUCAACAGUCAGUGGUUCUACAACAGCAGGUUAUACCACAAAUGCAGCCUGGUGGAGUACAAGCUCCUGUUAUACAACAGGUCCUAGCCCCUCUUCCUGGAGGAAUUUCACCACAGACAGGUGUCAUCAUCCAGCCUCAGCAAAUCUUAUUUACAGGAAAUAAGACUCAAGUUAUACCUACAACAGUAGCAGCCCCCACACCAGCACAAGCACAGAUAACUGCAACUGGCCAGCAGCAACCACAGGCUCAGCCUGCUCAACCUCAAGCUCCACUGGUGUUACAAGUUGAUGGAACUGUGGAUACAUCAUCUGAAGAAGAUGAAGAUGAAGAAGAAGACUAUGAUGAUGAUGAAGAGGAAGAUAAAGAGAAAGAUGGAGCUGAAGAUGGGCAGGUGGAAGAAGAACCCCUCAAUAGUGAAGAUGAUGUGAGUGAUGAGGAAGGACAGGAACUCUUUGACACAGAAAAUGUUGUCGUUUGCCAGUAUGAUAAGAUACACAGAAGUAAAAAUAAAUGGAAAUUUCAUCUCAAGGAUGGCAUUAUGAAUCUUAAUGGAAGAGAUUAUAUAUUUUCCAAAGCCAUUGGAGAUGCAGAGUGGUGAAGAGUUGUUUCUUUUCUUUUAUAAAUAAAACAAAGAAACUUAAAAAAAAAUUAAAGUGAACAUUUUGAAACUUGGGACAUAUACCAACCAAAACUUCACUUCUGCAUGUCAGAAAAGUGCAGUAGAAGCAAAGCUACUGGAACAAAGAUAGACCUUGACAACAUAGACACUACUCCUAACUGGCAAGCCAUGGAACUGUAGCACCUGGGGUUUUGGGGUGGGAGGGAAGGGUUUUGUGUAGGAAAACCAUAAUUGUCAAUUUUAAAUACAGGAACCUGCCACUGGUAAUUAGCAUGUAAAGCUUUGUCUGUAUACCUUCCUCCAACUUGGGCUCAAAUCAGAAGUUACUUGUUGGAAUGAACUGAAGACGCUUCCCUUUUGAUAGAUUGAACUGAAACUGCUUAUUGUAUGUGGUUAUAUUUGGUAAAAAUUGCGUUUGAGCUUUUUACAAAAGGGCAAGAAUUAUGGUGUUGAAUUUUAAUUCACUUGUAUAAGAAGACAAUUUAAAACUCAUAAUAGGUCUUAAAUAUUUUUACUUGUUAUUAUUCUCCCUCAGUAAGGUAUACCUCUCUCUUCCCUGGUUUAUGAAACAUCUAAGAUUUAAGGAAAAUAAGUGAUCACAGUUUGGAGACAAAAUUUGACCCAGAAAUGGAUAUUUAAUUAGGUUUUCAUACUUGUUAAAUGUAAUUUGAAGACUUGGGUCUUAUCUGAGUUGAGUGGAAUUAAAAUGACAACUUCAAUUUCCUUACAAAGAACUGUGUUCGGUCCCACACUUUGUAAAAGAAGCCCCAGAUUGGCUCCUCAGGAAUACAUUUUUUAUUUCACAAAGGUACCAUCUAGCUAAAAUUAAAUAUACAUGAGUAGAUAAAGAUUUUCUUGUUGGGCUGAAGUGUGUGCUUAUAUAUGCAUAUAGUCUUUGAGCAUUCAGAUGACAUUCUGUACACUGAGUGACACAUAAGGGCAGGUGGUGAGGAUCUGGAUUUUUAUUAAACUAUUUAGUAAUAAUAAAAGUUUCUUGUGUUUACUAGUAAAGAAUUAAAAAGCUAUUAUUUUAAUUGAACAAAUUUUUUUAA